AUGGCUGGUCGGGGGUUGGCGGGAUUAUGGCGAGAUCUCAUUCACUUCAAGUGCAGAAUUCAUUUGGUGAAGGGAGUAGACAUGUGGAAUUGA